GCGUCAAAGCGGAAGUGGGUCGUCUCGCUGUUGAUCACGUAAUGCCGCGGCGCUUGAGGCGAUUCAGCUGGCUGGUGCGUAAGCGGCGAGCGACACCUGGUGCGGCCCGCUCGGUUCCCACUGCGCCCGCGACCCCGGCUUCGACGCCAGCUGCGGCCCGGCCGCCGCCAAAACAUGGACUCGGCCGGCCAAGAUAUCAACCUGAAUUCUCCUAACAAAGGUCUGCUGUCCGACUCCAUGACGGAUGUCCCUGUCGACACAGCGGUGGCCGCCCAGGCUCCUGCUGUGGAGGGUCUGACAGAUGCCGAGGCGGAGGAGCUCAGGGCUGAGCUUGCAAAGGUGGAGGAGGAAGUUGUCACUCUGCGCCAGGUGCUGGCAGCCAAGGAGAGGCACUGUGGAGAGCUGAAGAGGAGGCUGGGCCUUUCUACCUUGGAGGGCCUGAAGCAGAACCUGUCCAGGGGUUGGCAUGAUGUACAGGUGUCUAACGCCUACGUGAAAACUUCUGAGAAACUUGGAGAGUGGAAUGAGAAAGUGACCCAGUCGGACCUCUACAAGAAGACCCAGGAAACCCUCUCUCAGGCAGGACAGAAGACCUCAGCAGCCCUGUCCACCAUGGGCUCUGCCAUCAGCCGGAAGCUUGGGGACAUGAGUCUAAGGUUGUCAGUGGCAGAGAGAAUGGCAGUGACAACCUUCCCUCCCCGACCGGGAGUGGAGACAGACCCCUGCCCGAUCACACGCCCUUCUAAGCCCGUAGCGGCUUUGCCCAGCCACGGAACAAGCACACCGUCAUCGCCACAACUGCAACUUCGAGCGGCGGGUGUUGAGAACAAUCACGCCAUCCCCGUGGAGACGUGGCUGCCGCGCUCGCAUGGGUCAGAGAACAUGUCUUGUACACAGAUGCCUCCCCUUCUGUCGGCAGAUCAGCAAAUCACUGCGCCGUCCUGCCUUGGAGCAGGAAGCGGGCAGGGUGGUGGAUCCCAGGGUGGGAACCAAAGCCAAGCUCCUGUUGGGAGUCUUGUUAGUAGAUCAGCAUGUUGAAAGCGGGGUGGGGGGGGGAGAGCGAUAAGUAUAAAAAUUCCUUCCCUAAGUCGCAGAAGGAAGAGCCAUCCAGAAAGCCCUGCCUGAUCUGCAGUUUUAUUUCAAAAUGCCAAACAGGAAAACUCCCCAUUUUCUGAGAGCUUCCAGAAGGCUGAGUAGCAGCAGAUGCCUAACCAUUACACUAACGAUCUAGCUUUAAGAAAAGCAAAUUCUUUAUUUUUUAAAAGCAGUGGGUUUUUCAGAAAGUAAAACUACGCAAAGCAGCUUUAGCCUCCCAGUUAGAGAAUGUUAUUCCUUUGGACUCAAGCUGAAGUGCACGCCUUAUAUUGCCUUAUGUUUUAUUUGUUUAUAAUGUUUUUAUAUGUAUAAACGAGGGUUCCUUAGUGGAUUUUGAGCGCUGUGUAAAAUCCUGCAUCCAGCCGAGGGGCAGCACCUCUGUGCCAGUGGUGUGUUUUAUUUCACGAGUGCGUUCCAUCCCCGUAUAGAAAACUGGCUUCUCGCUCCUCUCAGUGACCGGGGCAGCUCCCACUGGCUGGUGGGGGUGGGAGAAAGAAAGACCAGCACCUUCACAGAGGGCUGGCGCUGCCCCUGUACAGGCUGGGCCUGGCUGGCACGUCACCGAUCAGCGGCUCCAACCUGGGUGUGUGGCACACGCCAGGGCCAGCGAGCAACAGGCAGACCCUGCAGGUAGGUCAGGCCAGGGCGUCGGGUCAGCUGGGACUCUGCUGUUGCCUUUUCUCAGGAGCUACAAAGAUCUCUUUCUGCUCCGAUGCUGCCACAGCCCAGCAGCCUCUCACCCAGGGCUCCACGUCUGGCGCACCUGGAGGGGCGCUCUGUGCCUUACAGGCUCUUAGCGGGCAGAGACCUCGCCGGCAUCUGUGCACUCUUGAAGGGAAGGAGCCGUCAGCUCAGUGUCUACUCUGGUCGACUGUGAUGUGCUGUCUGGUACCUGAGUGUCUGCUGGUCACUUCAGACACACUGGGGGGUGGGGGGUGGCUGCCGUCCACACUCGUGCCUUGGGAGGAACGCUGCUCUGUGCUCCUUCCCCAGGGUUGGAAUCUCUCAGAUGGGGUGUGAUGGGAAGGCAGGAUGCAGGUGUAAUAACUGAUUUAUCUUUUCCUUAAAGUAGAUAACGGGUGAUUUGUCAAUAAAGCAUUCCUUUGGGGGAAAACCCACUUAA